AUAUGUAUGCUUCACAUAUCUUAACAUCACCCACACGCUAAUGUCGUCCACGGCACCACUUAGCCUCCCCGUUUAGGACAACGGCCUCUCACUGAGAAUAGGCCAACCUGGCUGAAACAUCUCCUCGCGGCUUUCCCGUUCGUCGUCGCUCAGGGUCGGUUGGAGCAGGAGCACUGGAUACAUUCGGGGUCGAGCCCGUGCCAGUGCGUGUGCCAGCCUCAGCCAUGGCCACCCCAUCCUUGCUGGAUGACCUGGGCGAGGAGGUCACUGGAAUCGUGGCCCCAGUCUCGCUCUGCAUGGCUGUGACCGUGCUGCUGGUUCGUCUGCUCAACCCGGAGGGCGUUUCAUCGUCUAAUACUGUGCUCAUUGCCAGUAUAGCGUACCAGGAGCAGGCAUCUGAUUCAUCCGGCAAGAAGUUUGGCGGCGCGUUGCUGAAUGCGUUGAUUUUCGUGGCCGUGGUGGCGGGAAUGACGGUGGUGCUCUUCUUACUGUUCAAGUACAAGUGCUACAAGUUCAUUUUCGCAUACAUGGGCUUCGCGGUGUUCAACAUCUUCUUCUUCAUAACGGGGGCGUUGUUCAUCCAGGUGAUGCAGGUCAUUGACCUGCACAUCGACGCCUUCUCACUCGCCUAUGGCUUAUUCAAUUUUUCAAUAGUAGGCACGUUAGGGCUGCUCUUCAUGCCCAUACCGCUGCUCUCGAAGCAGGUGUAUCUGAUCUGGGUCGGCAUCAUCGUGGCCUACAUCUUCACCUUCAUCCCCGAGUGGACGGCCUGGGUCAUCCUGUGCUUCAUGGCGCUGUACGACAUUGUGGCGGUGCUGGUGCCGGGGGGACCGCUCAAGGCCCUGGUGGAGCUGGCCAUUGAGCGGCAGCAGGAGCUGCCCGCCCUCAUCUACGAGGCCCGGCCCGCUGGCGGCCGCCCCUACGUGCGCGGCUGGGGCAACCGCGGCCAGCGCGGCGAGGGCGAGGAGGGCGGCCCGGAGGGCCCCGCCGGGCCUGACGGCCCCGGCGGCCCUGCCGCCAACGGGGCAGUGCCGGCGGCUCCGCCCAACGUGGUGCCGUCGCCGCACGCCAACGGCCGCGGCCCGCGGCCGGUGGCGGAGGCGUCCUCGCCCGCGGCGAGCCUGGAGAUGCGGCAGCCCACCACACGUGCCGUGCACGGGCAGGGGGCCGCGGCGGGGGCAGGGGCGGUGUUUGACCCGUAUGAGGCGCCGGGCAGCCCCGGCGGCACGGGGCGGCGCCGCGCUGGCGGCGUGAGCGGUGGCGGCUGGGCGCAGGCGGCGACGACGCGUGUGGCACCGGCCGUGGGGGCGGGCGCCGCGGACUUUACUGGGCAGACGCAGGUGCAGCCGAUGAGGCUGUCGAUGGCGGGUGAGGCGGACGCGGCGAUGGAGGCGCAGUGGCAGCAGCAGCCGCAGCGCCGCCGGCAGCGGAGCCAGGGCGGCGGCGCCGGCUCAGGGCCGCGGCCGGUCGCGGAGGGGCGGGAGCAGGGCGAGUGGCAGCCGCUGCCGGCGGCACCCGAGGGCGGCGCGGCCGGCGCCGCGCUGCGCGUGCGCCCCGGCGGCCCCGGCCUGUCCGAGCCUGUUGCCGCCGACAGCGGUCGCUCCAGCCCGCGCUCGCACACCUCCAUGGAGCCGCUGCUCAACCAGCGCGCGGCGGCGGCGGCGGCGCUGGACAGGGACCUCAAGGACUUUGACGGCGCCGCGGGCCCCAGCAGCCGCGGCCGCGUUAGCAACAGCAGCGCCGGGCCGCAGGGGCGCGAGAUGCGCAGCCUGCAGCCGGGCGCCGGCGCGUCGUCAGGCAAGGGGGCGCUGGACCCAUACCUGCGCGGCCCCAGUGGCGGCGGCGGCGUGGCGGCGGCGGGCGGCGCCGCGGGCGGCGACCCGCCGCGCCUGACCAACCCCGGCACCAUGGGCGUGCGCGCGGUGGCGCCCGCGUUCGACGCGGAACGGCUGGCGGAGGCGGUCAGGCGCAACACGCUUGACGGCGAGCUGCCCGCCUCGGAGCCGCCGCCGCAACUGGCGGGCGCGCCGCCGCCGGACGGCCACCACCCUCACCACCGCGGGCACGGCCACCACCACGACGGCGGCGCUGACGGCGGCGGCGAGGGCGGCGGCGACCUGCCCGACCUGCCCGACUCCAUCAAGCUGGGCCUGGGCGACUUCAUCUUCUACUCCAUGCUGGUGGGCCGAGCCGCCAUGUACGACUUUAUGACGGUGUUCGCGGCCUACCUGGCCAUCAUCGCCGGCCUGGGCCUCACGCUGCUGUGCCUGGCGGUGUUCCAGAAGGCGCUGCCGGCGCUGCCCUUCUCCAUCGCGCUGGGCGUGGCCUUCUACUUCCUCACCCGCCUCACGCUGGAGCCAUUCCUGAUCCCGCUGGCCACCAACCUGGCAUUCUUCUAGUGGCUCUAGUGCUUGACAGGAGCGGAAUAAGCAGCGCUGGGUGCGUAAACGGUUCAGGCUGUGGGGGUGUGAGGUGUUUGAACCACUGAGCGGUGCAGGUGUGCUUGCUUGGUGGUAGCUCCGGACGUAAUGUUCACUUGCCUGUAUGCGUUUCAUGCCCUGGAGUGGACAUGCGGUGCAUGCGGUACACGCGCACCGCGCUCAUAUACUCUUGGCUGGGGAGUAGCUAGCUGGUGGUUGCCCUCAGCCGAUCGCGGAGGCUUGCGCCGUGGGCGGCCCUCAAGAGCAAUGGGAAGAGGUGGUGCCGUUGCGAGCGGCUGUGCGGGGUUGGUGGGGGUGCAGGGGCGGGGCGGGGGGGUGGGGUCUCCUAGGCUGUGAUGUAGGUGUUGUGGUUCGGCACGGGAUGCGGUGGUCUGGAAGGUUCGAAAUGCAUGUUGCGUAUGGACCUCGAUAUGAAGGAGUGAGGAGGACCAGGAGGUGGAUGCAGGUUGGCCAGGGAGGGCGGUUGCUGAGCUUUGCUUGGAAUCGGUUUAGGCGGCAUACUCAUGUGUGUCAGAUACGUAGGACGGCAGCGUGCCAUUCUUGAUGGCACUAGAGUCACACUGUAAUAGGACGGAAUA